AUGUCGAAAUAUCAGGAUGCGGUUAAGUGCCUCCGCUCUCGUCUGCGGCCGCUGCACUCAAAUCCAGCCAAGAACGUGCCGAACAAUUUGAACAUGAAGGAAUGGCUUUCGGAACUCGGCUGUGAGGACCCUGACCUCUUGAAUGUCAUCCACAUUACUGGGACGAAAGGGAAAGGAGGAACUGCAGCAUAUACGGAUUCAUUCAUCCGCGCACAUUGCCGUAACGCGUCUCAACCUAUCAAGGUUGGCCUUUACACUUCUCCGCAUCUAGUCACGGAACGGGAACGGAUUCGAAUUAACUCACAACCCAUCUCGGAGAACCUCUUCGCCGUCACUUUUUUCCGAGUCUGGGAUACGCUAUGCAGAAACUAUUCAAUCGAGCGAAUGCCAGGGUAUUUGCAACUUCUCGCGCUACAAUCAGUACUCGUCUUCCAGCUGGAACAGGUCGAUGUUGCUAUAUACGAAGUGCAUGCCGGUGGCCGAAAGGAUGCAACAAACAUCUUCGAUCGGCCCGUCGUCUGUGGGUUCACUACGGUGGGAUUGGAUCAUGCGGACCUCCUGGGCAACAGCAUUGACAGCAUUGCCGAGCACAAGAGCGGUAUUAUGAAGCGCGGUCGGCCAGCAUACUCUGUGUUUCAACGCGAGCAAGCGGCUAAGAAGGUUCUUACAAAGGAGGCUUCGAGGCUUGGCUGCCCCUUGACAGACAUUUCCGUCAACAAUCUGAUGAUCAACGAAGAGGAGCAGAACCCGUCCUUGCGGGCAUUUCUGAUUGAUCUUGACCUUGCUAUCAGGACUACCCGGGUGGAGUCGUCCGGUGCCAGAGGCAAGACUGGCACAAGAGCCUUCAUGGCAAUCGGAGCUCUUCUCGGUGAGGAGCACUCCUUUAUGCAUGAUCUCGAAUCAUUUUUCUGGGUUCUAUUCUGGAUAUGUAUUCACUAUGACGGGCCCGCCAAGAGCAGAGUCGUUACAAGGUUUGAGAAAUGGAACUACGUCGACACAGAGGAGCUGGCUGGUAUGAAACUUGGUGUUGUGGCGAAGGAAGCAAUCUUCCUCAAAACAACAUCCGACAACGUCACAGAAUACUACGCGCCGCUUAUUCCGGUGUUGAACAAGCUGCGCAAGGUCGUGUUUCCAGGAGAUAAGCCCUGGGAUCGUGAAGACGAGCGACUCUACUCCCAGAUGACGAAUAUCUUGCAACGGGGCCAAUAG